AGUGGCUGCACGCUGUUUGCGCCGAAGUCCACCGCCCGCUCACCGACACCGACAUCCGCAAGACAUGGCCCCCUCCAAGACCUCCACGAAAAAGACUGGCAAGACGCGCUCGGCCCUCCAGGAUGUUGUGACACGCGAGUACACCAUCCACCUCCACAAGCGUGUUCACGGCCGCUCCUUCAAGAAGCGUGCCCCCUACGCCGUCAAGUCCGUCGUCGACUUCGCCCAGAAGGCGAUGGGCACCACCGACGUCCGCAUUGACCCCCGCCUCAACCAGCAGCUCUGGGAGCGCGGUAUCAAGUCGCCACCGCACCGGAUCCGCGUCAAGCUUGAGCGCAAGCGGAAUGACGAGGAGAAUGCGAAGGAGAAGCUCUACACCUACGCGAGCUUCGUACCGGUAGAGUCCUUCAAGGGUCUUGAGACAGUGGUUGUUGACGCCGAGUAAGCGCUGUAUUCUAUUCUCGGUGACCAGGAG